AGCCUAAUGCAGAGCCAAGCAGCCGGGGGGGACGCCAUGCCGAUACGUGAGAGCAAACGGGACCCGCCCAGCCUCAUCGCGCAGCUCGAGCGCGACCUCGCCGAGCAGUGCGCGUACAUCAAGGCUGUCGAGCAGCAGAACCGCCACCUGCGCGCCGAGGCCAAGCGGCUGGCACAGGCCGCCGCAGCGCAAGAGCAGGAGCGCGAGGCCGCACAGGCACUGCGCGCCAAAGUGCAGCGGCUCGAGGACGCCCAGCGCGCACACGCCGAAACCGCAGCGCAGCUCAGCGCACUGCAGCAAGAGCGCGCGCAAUGGCAGCGCGUCUUCGAAGCCCCCGACGCGCCCAAUGCCGGCUCGCCAUUCGCCGUGGCGCGCACUGUGGCCGACCAGCGCCACGCGCUGCGCGCGCUGGAGACGCGCGCUGCCGCGCUUCAGGCCGCCUGCGCCGAAGCCGAGCAGCACCGCGUCAGCGCUGAGACGCGCUGCGAGGGGCUUGCCGCCGAGUGCGCGCGCCUCCGGGCGCAGGCCGACGCCGAGGCGCAGCGCGCGGCGCGGCUUGAUGGCGCGCGGCUGCAUGCGGUGCGCGAGGCGGAGUUUGCGCGCGCGCAGCUGCACUCGUACGACCGCGAGGAGGCCAGCAUGAUGCCCGGCAACUACGACGCGCACAAGGCGCUGCGCAUCCGCCAGCUCGAGAUGUUCGUCGACGAGCUGCGCGCCUGGGUCGCUGCGGCCGACUCCGGCGCCGAUGCCGAUGGCGCUAGGAUCGGCGCUGUCGAUGCGGCGUCGGCUGAGCUUUUGCGCGGCUACCGCGAGGACGCCGAGAGCGCGCGCGAUGACCACCGCCGGCUGCUGGAGCGCUUUGAGGCGCUGGAGCGCGAGGCCGCCAGGCUCGAGCUCCAGGUCGGCGCCGGGCUGGGCUGCGACCCGCGCACCACGCGCAUCCUGCAGCUGGUCGACAACCCCGCGGCCCGCGACUUUGCCAUCCGCUCGGCCAGGCUGAAGGCGCUGGCCGCCGAGAACGCCGCGCUGCUGGAGCGGCUGCGGGGGCUGGAGAAGGGGGCGGGAGCAGACCCUGCGGACGACGCCGCAGCCGCCUCUGCGGACAACGCCACAGCCGCCCCCUUCUUCCACUCCAUCGACAACCUACGCUCUGAGAACCAGCGGCUGGCCGAGCAGCUGGACGUCUCGGCCAAAAUGAUCAGCCGCCUCAAGAAGGAGUGGAAGCGCAAGGCCAGCGAGCUGCGCGACGCCAUCUACUCGAUCCUCGGCUACCGCAUCGACUUUUUGCCCAACGGCAGCGUGCGCCUGACUUCCAUGUACGCCGCCGACGUCGACCAGAGCUUUGUUUUCACCAGCGGCGACGCCGACCAGGGCAUCAUGCACCUGUCGGGCGGCGGCAGCAAGCUGUACCUCAAGAGCCUGGCCAACGACAUCCGCUUCUGGCUCCAGGAGCGUGGCAGCAUCCCUGCCUUCAUGGCCACCGUCACGCUGCAGAGCUUCGAGGAGGCCCAGUCGAAUACUGCGCCCGAAUGAUACCACGCUGGAGAGCUUUGAGGGAGACCCAGGCUAAAACCCACCCCCCGAAUGAUGCCUUGAAUAUUGCUAUUUUAUUAAAACACGAAUCAAAAU